AUGUUUUUAUCGCUGUCAAAAAUUCUAUAUACUCAUCAAUAUGAUCCGGCAAUUUGAAUGUCAACAGAGUAGACGUUUUCGGAAUUAACGAAGAAUUUUAUACACGGAUCGGUGUUUCCAAAACUUCAGGUUGUCAAAAAGGACGGUUUCUACUUUACUCUGAACGAUGCAAAACUUCAGGUGUACAGGCACUUGGAGAAGCUUGGUAAAUGUGGAAGUGCCGAGGUGGAAAUGGUGGGGCUUAAAGAAGUUCCAGAAGGUAUCAGACAGCUCAAGAAAGCCCCCGAAAAAGUCAAACGGCGUAGAAGUAAAACAAAAGAUGGCGGAAGGUAUACCGGUGUUUCCUCCUCUUCCACGAUAGAUAUUCCCGAUGCAGACACACUUGUGCUGGCCUCACGUGAUGACGUCAGUGAUGGUGACGAAACUUCUGGUGAAGAGAUUUCUGAUAUAAAUGAUACAGAUGAUACAGAUUCGGACUCUUCAGAUUGGAGUGAUGAAGGCGUCUCAGACACGGACAUACAGACAGACGAUGAUGAAAGGUCAAGGAUCAGCUAA